AUGGAUAAAACUUCGAAAUUAGAUUAUUAGCAAGAAGUUGAAAUGUAUUUAGAAGAAAAUAAGGUUUAUGAUAUUUUCGAAAAUCUAAUGAAAGAUAUAGUAAAAGAUUAACCAGCAUAACCAUUAGAUUAUUUAAUAAAAAAAUUAGGAGAACCUACAUAAAAAAGAGUAUUUUUAGUUGGACCUCCAGGUUCAAACACAACAGAAUUAGCCUUAUAAUUAGCUAAUGAAUUUAAAUUUACAUGUAUAAGUGUAGGCGAUCUACUUAAAAAAUAGAUUUCUAUGAAAAAUUAAUAAGGGGAGGAAAUAGAAAAAGCGAUAUCAAAUGUUUAAUAUGUGGAUGACGAAACAGUUAUUGACAUUGUCUAAAGUGAAAUUUAAGAAAUGGAAAAAAAAAAUAAGAAUUAUUUCCUUGAAGGAUUUCCCAAAACAAGACUAUAAUGUAUUGCAUUAUAAAAAGCGGGAAUUCAUCCAAAUACAUUCAUUAUAUUAAAUAAGGAAGAGGAUAAAAUAAGGGAUGGCUGUUUAAAGAAAAUAUAAAAUAAUUAUGAAGGAUAUUAUUCAAAUAUACAAGAAUAAAAAAAAGAAGAAUAUGCAAAUAAUCAUGCUCUUGAAUAUAUAUUGCAUUUAAAUAAUGUUAAAGAAAUGUAUGCUAGGUAUUAUUUUGAUGUUGAUGCAAACAAUGAUUCUUUAAUUCCUGAACUAUUAGAAGAUAUGGCACAUCUUAUGGAAUUUAAAAUUAAACCAAAAGCUCCUAAAAAAUCUGCAAGAAUUUUAGUUAUAGGUCCUCCAGGUUCUGGAAGAUCAACUUUAUCAAAAUAAUUAGCUUAAAAAUAUGGUCUAUUAUAUGUAUCUACAACAUAAUUAAUAAGUAAUUAAAUAGCUUAAAAGACUGAAAUAGGAAAAAUAGCUUUAUAAUUACUAAGUUUAGGAGAAUUAAUUCCUGAUGAAAUAAUUAUUGGAUUAGUAGAUAAUAGAAUAAGAUAAACCGAUUGUUCUAUAUAAGGGUAUGUAUUGGACGGAUUUCCUAAAAACUUAGUUUAGUAAUUAUCUUUGGAAGAUUUAUAAAUUUAUCCUUCUCUAAUAGUUCAUUUAGAAUGUAGUGACGAAGUUGUUUUUUAGAGAUUUUAGGAAAAAAAAGUAGAUCCGAUAACUGGUAUUGUUUAUGAUAAAUUUAAUCCUUCAAAUGAUCAUGAAAUCAAUAAAAGAUUAGCUGAAAAUCCAAAUGAGAAAAAAGAAAUUGUCUCUAAAAGAUUAUAAAGAUGGAAAGAGUUACUUAAAAGUAUGGAAUAAAGUUUUAGUAGAAUUAUUCUUAAAAUAUAAGCAAGUUAAAAUCCUUUAAAUAUAUUAGAAAAAGUAUCUUUUCAUAUAGAAAAUAGUUUAUGA